CAGUUCCCCGCCGUCACCUGCCUCUCUAUGACUCUCACCCUCUCCGACGCCCGCCUCUCUCCCUCGCCGCCGCCACCCGCCUCUCUCACGCUCGAAGCUCCUCCCCUCCGCCGCCGGCGCCGCUCCCCCUCUCUACCCUAGUCACCCACCCUCCACUCCACCACCCACACGGCCACACCACACAACUCCACCCUCGCCAGUCGCCACAGAGCAUCACCACCGAGUCACCCACACCUCCGGCGCCGCCGGCCCGGACGCGAUGAGGAAGGCCAAGCGCCGCAGAGGGAAGUUGCAGAUCUCAGGCAUGCUACAACGCAAGGGAAAUCCACAAGGCGGUAGCCAUGGAGCAUGUUGGUCGGAUUCCGAUGGUCCACAAUCAAAAUUUAUCAAGUAUGACGCCGAAAGUGUCGAGGAUUUCAUCAAAGACGGACUGCAAUUCUUUGAAUCGGUGUUUAGAGUCCGCAGAUCUGUCGUGUCCCUUGCCUGUACUGCUGAUGGAAUGCAUAUGGUUUGCUCAGGGACUGUUGUUGAUCAUGUGGAUGAGAAAACAUGGAUACUUACCUCUGCUUCUUUAGUUAGAAAACCUGACACUCUGUUUGAAGCAUAUGAACCUUGUGAUGUUAAGAUUCAAGUGGCUCUGCACAAUAAACAAAUUGUUGAAGGGUCCCUAGAAAUGUGCAAUUUGCAUUAUAAUAUUGCCAUUGUGACUAUUGAGUCUCCAGGGUCUCGGAUAAAUCUUCCUACGGUAGAACUCAGUGACCUCCCUGAAUGUUAUUCCUUGCAGCCUAGGCCUGUAGUUGCUCUAGGUCGGGACAUGUACUCAAAAGGUUUUCAGAUGAGAUGUGGGGAACUGGUCCGAAGGAACAGCGAGUUAGACUGCACUGAGCUUCUGACCUGUACAUGUGAUGUCAGUGGGAAUUUCAUUGGCGGGCCUGUCAUGGAUUCUGAAAGAAGAUUCCUCGGCAUCACUUUUCGCUACGAAGAAACUACUCCGUUUUUGCCGGUUGAGAUUGCAGCAAGAUGCCUGAAAUACUACAAGAAGUCAAAAACACUACCAAGGGUUCGCAUAAGGGGACAAGCUCUUCACAUGCUGAGCAUGAAUAGUCUGGAACACUUAUGCUGCAAAUAUGCCAAGCCACCACAUGGAAUUCUGGUACAGGAGAUUUGUGAGAUAUCAGCAGAAAAGUGUGGAGGAGUUGUCGUUGGUGAUAUCAUCUCUGAACUUGAUGGGAUUACUCUUUACUCUGCAGCGCAGUUUACAGCGAUGCUUCUAGAUAAAAUGGAGGUUGCAUCAAACCCACAGAAUACACUGACACUCCAGGCAGUUGUACGGAGACCCACAGAUCAGACUAUAUUUGUUGCAAAGCUGAAUGUUCAAGACAUUGCCUCUGAUGAAUGCGAAGGGUCAUUCCAAAACAAAUGGAUAUGGUGGAAGGAGCUAUGGUUUCCAUGAGCAGUUGUAGUGAUGAUACUUCGAAGAUAAUUAAAUAGGUAUCUAGGACGAGGAGUGCUGAUGAUGCCUGGAUGACCAUUUGCGUGAGGGCUGGAGCAUAAGAUAUGGAAGGCCAACAAAUGUUCGUAAAUGUGGGAGCCAAGACUAAGCAAGAACUAAAUUAAUUGUCGGAUUAAGCUGGAGACCCUACUUUGUGCUGAAUUUGUAAUCCAUCUUUGGGGCCAUCAGACUGUUGUAUUAUCAGUUCAGUAUGCCGUCGAGGCUCUCUUUUGUAGCACGGUUCACCAAUCACCAGUUCAUUUGGGAAAUGCGCUGUCUAAACUAGCGACAUGACCGGUAACUGAGUUUCAGAUUUCGGGCUAGUGCUGCUGUGAUGGUUGGUGGUUAAUUAA